UCGGCGAGGUGGCAAAUUGUUCGCCAUUGUCAUUCGAAAUUCGAACCCGGUGGGUCUCAACUCUAAAGCAAAACCCCAAAAGCAGAACCCUCCAUCACCGGAGGAAGAGCGGGCGGGCGAGAGGAGCAGUGGAAAGAGUGCGGUAAUCGGCGAUGGCAUCGGACUUCUCCUUCGGUUCCUCGACCGUCUCAUCGGGCUUCUCCUUGAGUCCCUCGACGAUGUCGUCGUCCUCCUUCUCCUCCUCCUCCCAUACCCAGGGCUUUUCCUUCUCCCAAGCUCCAUCAGCCUCUUCGGCCCCUUUCUCCUCCUCCUCUUCAUCCUUUUUCUCUUCUUCCCCCCUUUUCUCCUCCGCCUCCGCCUCCGCCUCCUCUCAGCAAUCGUCUUCGCCUUCCUUCGCCUUCGGAUCCACUCCCUCCCAACCCGCCGCCUCAUCCGCCGGAACCGGCUUCUCUUUUGGAACCUCCUCCUCGUCGCCCUCCGCCUCUUCCUCCCUCUUCAGCUCGUCAUUUCUCAGCUCCUCAGCGGCCUCAUCGACUGCGCCCGCUUCCGGUCUUUUUCCCGGAUCCGCCGCCGCCUCCACUCCCAAACCCUUCUCCUUCUCCUUUGCCUCUGCCUCCUCCUCUUCGUCAUCGGCCACGCCUUCCUCCACUCCGAGCCCUCUCUUUGGGUCAGUCUCGUCGCCUUCCCCCUUCGGAUUCGGAUCCUCCACCUCCUCCGCUCCAAGCCCUAGUUUCGGCGCUGCUUCGUCUCCGUCCCUCUUCGGGUUCGGAUCCUCCUCUGCCGGCUCCUCUUCCACCUCCUCUUCUUCGGCCGCGGCCCCAUCGGUCUCCGCUUCGCCGCUGUUCGGUGCUCCCGCCUCCUCUGCUCCGGCCUCGACAACAACCGCUCCAUCCUUUUUCUUCGCUCCCUCUUCCUCAUCGGCGACAGCAACGGCCCCGUCCUUCCCUUCGUUGUUCCCGUCAUCUUCCUCCGCCUCCGCCGUCUGUUCUUCAUCUUCCUCUUCUUCGAACCCUUCGUUCUCCUUCGGAAGCGGCUUCUCUUUCUCCAAGGGCUCUGCACCAGCAAGCACCACCUCUUCAUCAGCACCCGCACCAGCCACGACCUCUGCCUCGUCAUCGACACCAUCUGCCUCAUCCGCUUCCCAGCCUUCCUUUGGCUUCGGCCAUACAAUUUCUUCUGCUGCGACUGCUUCAGCUGCAUCUACUCCAGCAGCUUUCUCCAGCGCCGGAGGUGCCAAAUCCUUACCCUUAUCCUUCAGUUCUUCUUCCGUGUCCUCCGUAUUCUCAGUAGCUGCAACGGCUGCGGCCACAAGUGCCACAGUCUCUACAGCAGCAACCAUGACUCCUCCUGCUUCUGUUCCCUCGCUGUUCACUUCACCAGCGUCCACUUCCGCCGCGGCUACACCCUCUGUCCCUGCUUUUGGAUUCACAUCGACUUCUGCAGCGGCCGCCACGGCCGCAGUUGUGACGUCAGCUGCCAGUACUCCAGCGACCAGCUCUUUUCCUGCUUUUGCUCCACCUACUGCCUCCUCAUCAGCAUCGACAACGAAAUCAUCUCCAUUGCAAUCCACAGCUGCUGCUCCAGCAUUUGGUGUUUCCACUACAGCAUCAGCAAGUGCAUCGAGUUCCAGUUCCACCACAACUCAAGCAUCAUCUUCAAGCAUUCAAGCUAGUAGUGGGGGGCCCGUUAGCUCUACGACAAGCUCAUUGACACCCCAAGUGCCCAAGUUACCAUCAGAGAUUCCUGGCAAAACUGCUGGAGAGAUUAUCAAAGACUGGAAUUCUGAGUUACAAGAGCGGACAGCCAAAUUUCAAAAGCAGGCAACUGCAAUAGCUGAAUGGGACAGAAGGAUUCUGCAAAACCGAAAUGUUCUUAUUAGGCUUGAGGCUGAGGUGGCAAAGGUUGUAGAGACACAAACUAGCUUGGAGCGGCAGUUGGAGUUGAUUGAAACUCACCAGCAAGAGGUUGACAAGGCUUUGCAAAGCAUGGAAGAAGAAGCUGAGCGUAUAUACAAGGAUGAGCACGGGCUGCUUCUUGAAGACAAUGCUGCUUUUGCAAGGGAUUCGAUGUAUGAAAGGGCUGAAUUUAUAGAGAGGGAAAUGCAACAGAUGGCUGAACAAAUAAAAUCAAUUAUUCAAACAGUAAAUGCUAGUCAGGGAGGUGACUUUGAUGUGGUUGAUGGUAUGACUCCUAUUGAUGUUGCUGUUCGGGUAUUAAACAAUCAACUAAGUUCACUAAUGUGGAUCGAUGAAAGGGCUAAUGAAUUCUCUAGCCGGAUUCAGAAACUGGCAAGUCGUGGUGCUGUUGUGGAACGUGAUUUGACAGGUCCAAGGUUCUGGUUGAAUUGACUGCAGGAUCUUGGGGAUCAAAAGAAAUUAUCAUGAACCGCAUGAGCUAAGGAAGAGAAAUCAGAGAAAUGCUAAGUCCCAGCUUAAAAACGUGGGAUAUUCCUUCUCUUUCAUUCUGAGUAUUAAUCAGUAUCUGGUAGAUUUUGACCUGAUGCAGUGUAGUUGCAAAUGAUCUGCCAGGCAUGGACAUUUGAAAACAUGAAACAGAACGUUGUCAAAUCUUACAAUUUUCAUAUGGAAUUUUUUGGUAUAUGACGGUACUUGGAUGUGGAAGAUGUAUGCUUUCAUAAAAUGGUAUAUGCUAUUUCUGGAAUUCCUUAGUAACUUUUGCUCCAGAAGGUAUGUGAAGAUAUUAGAACUAUCAGAUUCUAAGCAUUCAUGAGAUCUCGACAAUGUCUGAGACAUGAAUCUCAAGUAAUCAACUAGUGCUUUAAGCUAUUA